GUUUAUUAGUGUUGGCUGUGACGGUAACCUGCACGCACCGACAGUUCAGCUCUUCCCGAUUUCCAGGCGGAACGAUUUUCCAUUUUUGAAAGAAAAACGGUUAAAAACCGGUGGAUUAUAUCGAACAAAACAAAUGGAUUAGUGAAUAGAUUAUUAUUCUAACGUGCAGUGAUUUCGUCAAGGGAAAAAAAAUUAAUUUAAUUAAUUUAAUUCAAUUGCAAUCGUAAAAACUUUUUGGAAACAAAAGAAUUUUAGGAGAGGACGCGUUUCUCAUGCCCAUAAUCCCGAAAGCUGCACCUCAACUCAGGUGUGGCAUCUGCUGUUUAAGGUGUUGUCUUCCGUCUCUAUAGUCCCCGCCAGAGUGUGUGUGUGUGUGUAUAUGAUUGCAGUUAUCCAUCAGUUCAGCCCUUUGAAUCAAAAUAAGAGAGAUGGAUAGAAAAAUGAAACGCGCCAAAGCGGAUGAGCCUGGACAAAGUGUACGGAACAAGCUGGAAGAGCUGGAAAGCCAACACCACCAACACCACCACCACCACCACCAUCAUCCAGCGGUAUCUCCGUCGACUCCGUUAUUGAAUCGAUGCUGUUGCUUCAGCCUGUUGACUGGCGCCGUCUUGACGGGAAUCUACGCUACGGCGGUUUACAUUUGCGCAUUCGCGAUCGAACUUUGGUUAAUCACCGAAGCCAAAGAUCAGUUGCCAUCACCUCCUUAUAUUCUCUGUUUGGUUUACUUCAUCACUUGGAUUAUGUCGGUAGCAUUACUGGUCGGACUUGCUCUGAGAAGAACGCAACCAAUUUUAGCUUGGUUACUAUGCGUGAUUGUAGUUUUCUUCCCAGAGUGCGGAUUGGUCAUGUUCAUGAGCCUCUACUAUUGGACGUUAGGGGCUUCGUUCGGGAUGGUAGAGCUCGUUUUUUGGAUCGUCCGCGCAUCGUUGAAUAUUCUGGGUGCGAUCCAAGUCUUUUCUCUGUACUCGCAGUGGAAAGAAGAGAAGAACGUGAGCCGUAGAUUACGUGAUCUUAGCAUGCAUACGUCGCCAAUGUCUAACGGUUAUUACACCAACACCGUAAUCAAGACGCCUUUGCCGGGAAGUUUGCGCGCCGGCUAUCACAACGCCGCCUAUCUCAGCUCCAAUUUGAAUUUGCGUCAGAUGCAAUCGCUCGGCAACCGCCAGCAACAUGUUAACGCCGCCAACAUGAUUUCUUUGGACCGCUCCCGAAAACAGCAACCGCUAAAACGAUCCGUUUCUUCGUUGUCCCAAAUCUACCCGAUGGAUGAGACCGAUCAUUGUGACAAGCGUUUUUCUAAAGGAGAUAUUGCCAAUGGAUUUACCCUUUUCGAUCAGUGGCAGCAGCACCAACAGUGGAUUGAACAGAAGAAACUGGGAAUCGUUCCCGAACCUGGACUGGCAUUUGGCCCGAUGGGAAUCGCCGGAGUUGGAUUACACGAAUCGGAAUUGGGAUUGGCCGAGGAUGGAAUUCCGCCGAAAUCGAUGCGCUUUAUGGACGAUGGAGAUUAUUUGAAUCGGGCGCCACUUUCGCGGGCCGUCAGCAACUUGUUGUUGAACCAGCACCAUACCUCGCAUUUUUCAGGGCCGGCUUUCGAUCGACAGAGUCAAUUUCUGGUUGGUUGUAACUCGGUCAGCAGUGGCCAGAGGUCGGUAAUGAGGCGAUCUCAUUCCAUGAAUGAUUUAAAUCUGAGGGCUUCGCAAAUAUCGUCAGACAUCAAAUUCGGCCGGAUGGACCAGCCGCGGUUCGAUUACAUUCGGUCGGCCGGACGUCACGGGCGAGUGAUUGGGCCGGGCGAAUCUGACGAGUUUCACCGCAGCUACAAAGACGUCGCUUUGUAAUUAAGUUCAUUCAAAAACAGACCUUGAAACAUGUUGAAAUCGCCUUCGAAAAAGUUACCUGAUGUGUUUUUUUGUUGUAUCUUGUCAGUGCAGUAGGAAAAUACUGCCUUCGAUUCCGUCUCUAACAAUAAAUACUGUCUAACCAUA